GCGGCGGAGGUGGGGCCGGCGGGCUGGCGGGCGUGCAGCUGCCGCCGGCGUCGCGGGGCUCCAGGCUGCGGGGCGGACGUAGCGCCGAGCGAUCCACCGCGGAGCCGCGCGAGGCCGCCCGAGCCCCAGCCCCAGCCCCGGUCCCGGCCCCGGCCCCGGCCCCGGUCCCGGCCCCGAGCCCCGAGCGAGCGCCGCCGCCUCGCUCUGCGGGUCCCCGGACGCGCCGCCACCGCCGGGAAGGCAGCCGGCGCCGGGCAAGUUGCGAGCGCGCCCCUCCGACCAGGAAAGUUUCCCCCCGGCCGCCGGCGGGAGUUGGCGCGGGGUCCGGCCGCCGCCGCUGGAAGAGUGUAUCCGGAAGCUACUGUCAGGAGGACACUGUAAGAGAACCUUGGCACCUCUGGGCCCAAAGGGAAAGACACCAGUGGAAAGAGGUGCACCAGCUCCAAGAUGGUGGGGAGAGUGGAGGGACCCAUGUUUGGGGAGAGUCAUGGCGGAGGCACGGGGCACAGGUGAGCAUCUCCUGGACACCCUCAAGCUUCAGGUGAGCUGAGCUUCUAACACUACCAUCAAAGCAACUGGAACCCCUUGAAUUUGAUUUCUGGAGACGCGAGCAUAAUCCUUUUGCAGACAUCUCAACGCUGGCUCUCCAGCUGGGCCGAUAAAAGAAAUAUACACAAGCCUCGCUGACGGGAGAGUCUGUCCUGCUGAUGCCUGAAGAACUGCCCAGGUGGAGCACCAUGGAAGGCGACUGUCUGAGCUGCAUGAAGUAUCUGAUGUUUGUAUUCAAUUUCUUCAUAUUUCUGGGCGGGGCCUGCCUGCUGGCCAUCGGCAUCUGGGUCAUGGUGGACCCCACCGGCUUCCGGGAGAUCGUGGCUGCCAAUCCUCUGCUCCUCACGGGCGCCUACAUCCUCCUGGCCAUGGGGGGCCUGCUCUUUCUGCUCGGCUUCCUGGGCUGCUGCGGGGCCGUCCGUGAGAACAAGUGUCUGCUGCUAUUUUUCUUCCUGUUCAUCCUGAUCAUCUUCCUGGCAGAGCUCUCAGCAGCCAUCCUGGCCUUCAUCUUCAGGGAAAAUCUCACCCGAGAAUUCUUUACCAAGGAGCUCACCAAGCACUACCAGGGCAAUAACGACACAGAUGUCUUCUCCGCCACCUGGAACUCGGUCAUGAUCACAUUUGGUUGCUGCGGGGUCAACGGGCCUGAAGACUUUAAGUUUGCAUCUGUGUUUCGACUCCUGACCCUGGAUAGUGAAGAGGUGCCAGAGGCCUGCUGCCGGAGGGAACCCCAAAGUCGGGACGGGGUCCUGCUGAGCCGGGAGGAGUGCCUCCUGGGAAGGAGCCUAUUCCUAAACAAGCAGGGCUGUUACACGGUGAUCCUCAACACCUUCGAAACCUACGUCUACUUGGCCGGAGCCCUUGCCAUCGGGGUACUGGCCAUCGAGCUUUUCGCCAUGAUCUUUGCCAUGUGCCUCUUCCGGGGCAUCCAGUAGAGGGUGUGGCCUGAAGCCUGAAGACUCGCCCCACCCACCACUGCCCAGCACCCAGUGUCCUCCCGUGCCCCUCCCCGCUGUCCUCUUGGCCCCAGGGGAGAAGAUGAGGCCAUCAGAGAUGGCCAGGAGAAGGGCCAGGGGAAUAGAGCUAUUUUUUUAACAAAACAAAAUGAAUACAAAAAUAUGGACUGAUGUAUCCUUGCCUGGACUCAGGGCAGGUGCCAUGGGUUCUCCAGAGACCCCAGCACCUGGCCCAGGAUGCAGGCUGCUCUAGAGACCAAAGGAACACCAGGCCCAGCACCCUCCUUGGUCCAGCCAGACCCUGGGCCCUCUCUCCUCACUGCACCAGGACCUGAUGCCAAGAAAGUGAGGAUUUAGGCAACAAGGAGGCAAAAGCAAAUCUCAGAGAAGUCAUCAAAGCCCAGGGGCUGCACGGAGAUUCAGCUGCCACGUCUUUGAGGACUCGGAACCCACAGCGCAAUCCCUGGUCCACUGGAGGAUGGACUGUUCCCCCCUUCAGGCCGGGGCCAAGAGUGAGCUGCUAACACGGCAUCCAAGAAUGGCCCAGCUGGUAGGAUCCUUGCUUUCCCCAUCUGUUGGACCAAAUAAUCUCAAAGGCCCAGAGAGGACAGUGACCCAUCCAGACACACAGCACAGGCGUGACAGUUCUGAAAAGAAGCUGAGUUGUCUCCAGGCUGCUGUCACUGCAUCCAGGACUCUGUCAGCUCUGCUGCCCACAUGUACCCCUGGCCUCAGCAUCCCGG